GCAAGCCUUCAUUCUUGCUUAAAGUGUUUAAUAUGUCUUCUGAUAUCCUUGGCAAACUUUAUUUCGUGAAAUAUAAUAGAUGUAAUUAUUUUCAGUGAGCUUACUCUCAAGAUAGUCUUUGCACAUAGUUUUUUUUUUUUUUUCCAAGACUUCUUGGUAUUGUGUUUGUCAGUUUUGCGUCUACUAAGUAAUGCACUUGGGUUGUUUGUUUGUGUGCCAACUGAGCUAAACUCAAAUACAUAUUUUAUUCAGUCCGUGAAAAUGUCCCUUACUUUUAUCACUAUUUUCUUUAUAGUUUUCCAACAGAAUGGCUCGUCUGAAGUGUGUAUGCUACCGUGCUGCUUUAGCAUAUUAUGGCUCUGUCCGCGGUGUUGAAAUUAUUACUCUCUGUUAAACUGACCUGAAAGCACACCCAGUAGUGAGGGAGUAUUAAUAUGUGUCUGUCAUCUGUGACUGGAAUGUUUAUGUCAAAGAGUUGUAGUACUUUCAAAUGGCCAUGGGGCUACACUAUAGACCGUAACACCGCCAGCUGGUCGCUGAUGUGUGGAAGCCCCUCCCACAUUAAAAGCAUCAUCAUAUUUGCCAGUGCUUUGUUAGAAUGAGACUCAGGCUGAAGGGGGAUGGAUAAAGACAACACAGCUUCAUCUGAUUUGGUCCGUGAAGCAAAGUUUUGGCGUCAGUAGGCUAAAGACGCGACGAUAUAAGAAUAUAUGAUUUGUUCUCGUUGUAUGGAAGAAUGUAUCGGCUCGAGAGAAAGACUUCAGUUGGGAUUUAUCUUGUGCUUGUUGUCUUGGAAUAUAACUGGGGAGCGGUUUCCGGGCAGCUUUCCUACUCCGUCUCAGAGGAGGUAAACCUUGGGACUUCGGUUGGAAACCUCGCCAAGGAUCUUAAUCUUAAUGUGCAGGAUUUGGAGUCGCGUAUGUUUCAGAUCGUUGCUGGAUCAAAGAGGAAGUAUUUCGAUGUAAAUUUGAAGUCAGGGUUUCUCUAUGUCAGCGAAAGAAUAGACAGAGAUGAGCUCUGUGUGAAAGCUGCAAAAUGCACAAUAAAUGUAGAGGCUGUGAUAAAUAGCCCAAUGAGACUUUACCGUAUUGAAGUAAAUAUACUUGACGUUAACGAUAAUCCUCCGUCUUUCAGUGCUAAAUCACAAACUAUCGACAUAGCAGAAAGCGUUUUACUUGGAGCUAGAUUCCCUUUGCUGUCGGCCUACGAUGCCGAUGUUGGGAAAAAUAGUAUUGACUCAUACAAGCUUAAUAGCAAUGAAUAUUUCUCUCUAGCGGUGCACAAAGGAGGGAGUGUGUCAGCUGAGCUGGUCCUGCAGAAAUCACUAGACCGAGAAAAACAGGCUUUAAUUAAACUUGCUCUCACUGCUGUAGACGGAGGAACACCAUCCAAAUCAGGCACGUCGGAUAUUAUCAUUAAUGUUCUGGACAUAAACGAUAACAUCCCGGCCUUUACGAAAACGUUGUAUAAAACAAGUGUCACAGAAAAUGCACCUAUUGGAAGCACAGUAGUAACAGUGACUGCAACUGACGCUGAUGAGGGGACAAACAAAGACAUUGUGUAUUUACUAAACUCCAAAGAUCAGGACCACGUCUUGGACAUUUUCGAAAUUAAUUCAGAAACAGGAAUAAUAACUGUGAAAGGUAAGGUAGACUUUGAAACAAACACUGCCUUCGAAAUUCGCGUUCAAGCUGCAGACAAAGGCCAGCCUCCAUUAACAGCGCAGUGUAAAGUACUAGUCGAGGUGAUGGAUCUAAAUGACAAUGCGCCUGAUAUCACAGUGACGUCACUGCUCAGUACAGUGCGGGAGGACGCUGAAAUCGGCACAGCUAUUGCACUUGUGUCCAUUCUUGACAGCGAUGGGGGCAAAAACGGCGAGGUCAAUUGUGAAAUAUUGAAUGUAGUUCCAUUCAAAUUAGAGACAAAUUACAAGAAUUACUAUUCAUUAGUUAUUGCUGGAGCUCUAGACAGGGAACUAAUUUCCAACUACAAUAUCACCAUUAGAGCUACCGAUGAAGGUAAGCCCCCCCUCUCUAACACUACUGUGGUUCAUAUUCAGGUUUCUGAUGUCAAUGACAACCUACCUCAAUUUUCAGAGAAAGCAAUUGAUGUGUAUGUGAAAGAAAACAGUCAAAUAGGUAUAGUUUUAAAGACAGUGUCUGCAACUGAUGCUGAUGUCAGUGAAAAUGGUCAAUUGACCUAUUCAAUAAUAACUGAUAAUAACUUAGUUCAGUUAUCUACAGUGAUAAAUAUAAACUCAGAGACUGGAGAUAUAGUCAGUCUGCAGUCGUUUAACUAUGAAGAGUUAAAAACAUUUCAGUUUAAAGUUCAGGCCACAGACUCUGGUGUUCCUCCGCUCAGCAGCAACGUCACUGUGAACGUUUUGAUCCUGGAUGAAAAUGACAAUAAUCCAACUAUUCUCGCGCCCUAUUCUGAGCACGGCUCCGUCAACAGUGAGAGCAUCCCCUAUUCUGCUGAAGCAGGAUACUUUGUGGCAAAGAUCAGGGCUGUAGACGCAGACUCUGGAUACAACGCGCUGCUCUCUUAUCACCUCUCUGAGCCCAAAGGAAACAAUCUCUUCCGGAUCGGAACCAGCACCGGAGAGAUCAGGACUAAGAGGAGAAUGAGUGACAAUGACCUGAAAACUCACCCCUUGGUGGUGCUGGUCUCUGAUAAUGGAGAACCCUCCCUGUCAGCUACUGUGUCUAUUGAUGUGGUGGUGGUUGAAAGCGCAGCUGACAUCCAGACUCAGUUCAGACAUGUGACCAUAAAGGAGGAGAGCUUCUCUGAUUUAAACCUGUAUCUGCUCAUCGCUAUUGUGUCGGUGUCAGCCAUCUUCCUGCUCAGCCUCAUCACUUUAAUAGCUGUCAAAUGUCACAGGACAGACGGCAGUUUCAGCAGGUACGGAGCCCCAAUGAUCACCACCCACCCUGACGGGAGCUGGUCUUACUCCAAAUCUACUCAGCAGUAUGACGUGUGUUUCAGCUCAGACACACUCAAGAGUGACGUAGUGGUUUUCCCCGCACCGUUUCCACCUGUAGAUGCUGAACUUAUCAGUAUAAAUGGAGGAGACACUUAUACCAGAACUCAGACUUUGCCAAACAAGGAAAAGGUAAGGAAUGUCUAAAAGUAGAAUUUUUAAUGACUUAUUGUCUAUGUUAAGUAAAGCAUCUGUUUUCCAACCCUACAUACAGAUAAUUGUUUUAAACUUAAUAUUUUUUAACUCUCUACUCCUUUUUUUAAGAAUUUGAAAUGGUGUGUAAGAUAAAAAUAACAACUUUUGUGGUUUAAUGGUGGGUUACGUAAGAGAGUUAGCAUGUGAUUCAGUGAGUGCUUACUCGUUGUGUGAACAUUUUCUAUAACCCAAGAAGAAACUCAAUAUAAUACAGUUGAAACGUGUUGGCUGAAUUGCACCGUGCCUUGGAUGAAGCACGCUGAAUUCAGUCUGGCAGGGCGUUUAUGAAAACUGCACUGAGCUGCUGUCCAUGGUGCUGAAACGGCUUCUGUUACAUGUCUUGAGAUUUGGGUGCAGUCCAUGGUACUGAAACUGUGUAGUGUCUAGUAAUUCAGUAACUUCAGAAAAUUGAAUUUGUAACAUGAGGGCUAAUCUAUAAGAUUGCACAUGUAGACUUUAUU